AUGGCAGGGGUGUGGGUGUCUUGGAAUGUGAGGGGGUUAGGAAGAGCUGAGAAGAGGAAGGCUAUUAGAUUGGAGUUGGACAAGCUGAAACCUGAAGUCAUAUUGUUACAAGAAACAAAACUGAAUGAGGGUCGUGAAGAGCUGUUGGGUGGAUGGAUACGGGAAAAACAGUUGGAGGCAUGCAGUAUUCUAGCAGUGCAUGCAGCUGGUGGAUUAUUAACUUUGUGGAGAAAAGAUAAGUUUCGUUGUGAUCAGGUGGUGCGUGGGGAUGGCUUUUUCCUGGUAGUUUUGAGCUUGAUAAAUACAGAGGGGGUUUGUGUGGUGUGUAAUGUCUAUGGUCCUCAUGACUCUAGGGAGCGGGGACACAUGUUUGAAGAAUUAGGAUUGGCGCUGGAGGGAAGAGUAGGGAGGGUGGUGUUUGGUGGUGAUUUUAAUGCUAUUCUCAAUGAUGGGGAGAAGCAGGGAGCUGGUGGUGAUACGUUAGGUGAUCCUUCUUUCAAAGAGUUUGUCUCCAACCAGUAUUUGAUCGAUUUGCCUAUGCUAAACGGAGAUCAUACUUGGGGAAGCACUAGGAAUGAAGGGUUGUGGAGUCGUUUGGAUCGGUGGCUAAUUAAUGAGGAGGCCCUGUUGGGCUUUGAUGGGGUUGUACAGAUAGCUCAGGAUUGGGGGUUGUCGGAUCAUCGUGCUGUUGUGUUAAACUAG